AUGCGGGCUGCAUUCGCACUUUCAUGGAAUGUUGAGUGGUUGGGAUCAUUCUCGGUGUCAGGAACGGAUCCCGAAACGGUGUCACAACGGUUAGACCGAUUCAAGCCUCAAAAACCUGCUAUUGCUGUACAGCUUUCUGUUUCAGUUUCUAGUGUAAAAGUUUGUCCGAUUGAUAAUAAUGAGCCUAUCGGAACUCAAAAUGUUUCUAACUUUGGCAGCAAACUUGUUGCUUCAAAUGCAUAA